AUGACUUUUAAUUAUCAACAAAACCAAAACCAAGAUAGUCAACAAUUCCAACAAAUCACAAGUCUCGAUCAAGUUCUUCUUCAACCGAUUCAAAAUUCCGAUAUUUCUCAGCAACGCCCUCAAAAUCUAGCUCAACAAAGUUAUGGACAGCAAAUUCAGCAAGCUCAAAAUUACGUCCACCAGCAAAUUCAAAGUUAUGGUCAGUAUAACCAAAACAAUAACAACGUGAUGAUGACAACCCAAGCUUUGCCUCAACAACAACCUCUUUAUAACUCGCUUACAUCAUCACCUACAAUUUAUAAUAAUGAUGAUGACCUUUUAAUUUUAAGAAUCUCUGGUCGUUUGUCGAUGAUUAAAGAUUCUAUUAUGACGAUAAAUCAACAAUAUACUGAAUUGGAACAAGAUUUCAUUAAGUUAAGACGCAAAUAUAAUCAUAGUUGUUAA